AUGUCCUCAAACAACAUUAUGACUUCGAGACCCCCAACAGAGAACAGGCACUCGUGGUUCGAGCAUAUUGCGGUGGCGGGAGAAACCAACGUAGACAUCGUCGCUGUUCCACCCAUCGGCGCAUAUCAUAGAAAGACAUGGACAGUCCAUGGUGCCAAAUCAUCCUGGUUAGACACAGAAUUGCUUCAACAUCUUCCUCGCGCUCGAGUCCUUCUAUACAACUAUGGCGGACUCAAUGAACACGAUAAAAUCGACUCUCUAGGUCAACAGCUGCUGAACCAACUCCUAAAUGAGCGAAAACAUGAUAGCCCCCGACGGCCCAUAUUUCUCAUCUGCCACAGCACCGGCGGCCUCGUUGUGAAAGCCGCCUUGGCCCUGGCAUCACGGGCCGAGCCGAGUUCCCUCCUCACGAGCUGCUACGGCAUCGCAUUCUUUGCAACACCGCAUCAGGGGUCGACCUAUCUCUCCGCUGAGGAGUAUGCAGCCAGUAUCCGCCAUGUGUUGCAUCUGGAACACGAGAGUCCCCACGCUCUCAGAGAACAGUUCCGUCCCCGCCAGGAACGACUAUGGCAUCUGUCUAACCAGUUCAAGACCCUUUCCGCUGAUAUGAAGGUCUGGUCUUUUCUCGAGACUAUUGACUCGACCAUGCAUGUUAUUGACGCAGAGACCAAUAAUGUACUGGAAUUUCAUGUUCCCAUUACCUCUAUUAGGUCUGGAUUACUGGAUAUCGAGCAUGAGAAAGAAGUGCCCAUGGCAACAGACCAUGCAGGGACGGCGACAUUCCACGGACAAGAUUCAACUCGGGAGACAUUCCUGAAUGAGCUCAAGGGAGCUGUAACCAUUGCAGUGGAGAUAUCAAGACACGAAGAUACGCCGCUGGGCGUAGAAAAGAAAGUAAUGGUCCAAAUCAACGGUUUCUUCGAAGAUACCGCGCUGGGCGUCAGUGACGAAAGUCCAUUAAAACUAUGGUCAACCAAAGUUUCUUUGGAAGACUAUCUCUCACGAGGACCAUCAGCAUGUCUCCGAGAAAGACUAGGUCGAGUCCAGCCCAGCGGCUUAGAUGAUUCAUCCAUCAGCAGCUUCGACAGUCCGCGCUCCUCAUAUAUCGCCCCAGCACCAGACCCAGCUGAGCAUCAUGAUCACCAUGAGGAAAUACGCACGUUGCGUCCACCCCUGCCGUACAGUCAAAGCUUUGAAGAUGUAGCUCAUCCAUCGCCCAGAAUUCAUAUUACUGAAGCGGCUAUGGAUGGUUAUUUUGAGAGUCCGCCAGCUGAAAGUCCACCGCCAGGUCGCAAACAAAAAAAUUCAAUCACGAAGGCUUUAGGACUUAUUCCGCUGCGGUCGCGUUCGCAUUCGCAUCGGCGGAGUGCUUCGGAUAGUAGUUCUCAAGGGAGUAGUUCACGGCCUGCCUCAAGCUCCACAUCACCGCCAAGGCAGUCCGCAUUCCUGACGAUUCCAAUGUCCACUCGAGACCGAAUUAAUCAAAACGCAGAAGCACCGGAUAUUCCUCGAUCGGUGCCACGCUUUGAUAGACCUGAACCUGACACCGAGAAACUUGUCUGGAUUCAUGUUCCUUAUACCCAUACCGGUUGGGUGUCACAGGUUAUCCGACGAGCGUGCCAGGAUAGCCAAGAUCCCAACUUUCUCCGAAAAUUCAUCAAUGACAAAAAUUGGUAUUUUCGGCUCAACAGAGCCCGCCAUCUUGAGCCUCAUGCCCGUUUUGUCCGGCCGGCGUGCAUUCAUUCGAGACAAAUGGAUAUUUUACAGGGGACCCCAGGCGCCGCAGAUGAUCCCCAACUCGCUCUAUAUGUUCCAUAUCUCCACUGGGACACAUAUCGCAACCUAAUUCAACGACGGAAAGUAGUAGCAGACCGACUUCAACAAGGCCGAUCCCGCCCAGUUCCAGGCCGAAUCUCCAAAGCAAGCCUAGAGGCCCAACUAAUAUGGACGUACCUCGGCUGCGAGCCACCAGUCCACUUCAGACGCACCCUUGACCAAUUCGGGUACCCGAACCUCCGCUCAACAAUUGCGCGCGAUGAUGACCAGAUGCUAUGGAAACGAACGCGCAGGCCAGCACGUAUUGACGAGCAACUUAGACAGUAUCUACAGUCAACCCAGGAUGAAGGCGAUGAAUCGGAGUAUGGGGAGUUUAUGGAUGGAAAUGUGUUGAUGGUUGAUCAGCUUUGGCUUUGGAUUGUUGAUUCGAAGACUGUUGUUACUUUCUUUCCGAAUCAGGAGGCUACGACUUCUGAAGGGAAGUUGUUUGAGCAGUCUAAUUUGCAUAGUAGUAUUUACAACGAGUUGAACGGGGAUUUGGCGAGGAGGUUCGAGACGGCUGGUGAUUUGGCAGCGCUUAUUAUGUUGCAUGCUGUUACUGUUCUUUUGGAUAAGACUUUGCAUCAUGAUUUGCAGGUUCUGAGGAUUUUUGAAGAGUCGAUUAGUAUUUUGACUGAGUCGGUCACGAAAUCUUUCAAGCGCUUCCGCAAUAGAGGCUUCACUAAUCGUCCAGCGGACCAUGAUCGUACUAAAGAUGGCAAGAUUAUGACAGCUGCUCAGCGAGACUACCGCGAACGCCAGGUUGCGAAACGGAAUCGCGAAGAUCUAUCUGUUUUACUUGAACUACGGGAUAUCGAGGACGAGCUGUCCACCAUACUCAAGCUACUCGAUCAACAAGACACUGUUAUCAAGAGUAUGAUCAAGUACUUUGACAGUAGAGGAUAUGGCAAGGUAUUCCUCGACACAGCGCAAGGUCGAAUCGACGAAUAUCGUUCCCAGAUUAGCGAGAUGAAAGAAAAUAGCCAUCUAGCUCAGAAAGCAGUCGAAACACUCCUCGAUCUCAAACAAAAACAGGCAAAUGUUGACGAAGCCAAAAUGGCACGAUGGCAGGCCGAAGUUACGCAGACCCAGUCGCGCGCAGUAAUGGUCUUUACAAUUUUCUCUGUGGUAUUCCUCCCACUAUCGUUCUUCACCUCCCUCUUCGGCAUAAACGCCCGAGAAUGGAGCGGGGAGGCUACAAACCUGACACUAGGCCAGAUGCUCAAGAUAGCAGCACCAUCGUCCUUCGCAAUAAUAUUCCUCUCCCUCCUGCUAGCGUUCAGCGAAACCCUGCGCGAAGCAGUCUCCAAAUCCCAUAAGAUAAGCAUAGGCCUGGUCAAAGAAUUUAUUCUGCACCCCGUCAAAACAGUCCUGCAUUGGGAGGCAAUCACGCAUAGAAUGCCUGAUAUGGUUGUUCCCGAGAACUCGAGUUUGAGGAAGCGGUUUGAUGAUUAUCUGGGGUAUGGGCGGAGAAAUAUGCAGCUUGAUGAGGAUAUUUGGCAGAGAUGGCAGGAGGAUCGGUUGGGUAUUGGGUCUGGGGCGCUUGGGGAUGGGCUUUGGAAGGGGAACGGGAAGGGGAAUUGGGGAGAAAAGAAGACGGGGAGGCAUUCGGAGGGUAUUAGGACUGGUAAUGGUGAAGUUUAG